ACACUCAAGGGGCCUGUAGACUGUUAUCCCUGGGCAAGUUUAUCUAAUAUCUUCGUUUUUUCCAUCAUCUUCGUCAUCUGUUUUGGUGUGUGUGUGAGAGAGAGAGAGAGAGUUGAGGAUGAAGAAAGAAUUGCUAUCUUCGGCACCAUGGAGGGGCGAAGAGAAUGAUUUCGAAGGUGCGAAGCUGAGAGUGAAGAGCGAGCCCGGGACUACACCUACCAUGUAUGUCCCUGGCAAGAAGAAGACUUCUUCCAGUAAGGACGACGACAAGGAUUCCCUUGCUGAGAUAGACCCUGAGCUCCGCUACAGUUUCCAACGCAAUUUCCAGUUUCUUCAACGAGUGUUCAGCAUUGACACAAUUGUGAAACCUCUUCCUCCUGCUAUGGCAUAUAACGCCUCCCGCAACUUGAAUUUCUUCACCCGUAUCUUCACACAGUUCUUCGAUCCUGAUGGUAUCUCAAAUGCACAAAAAUCUCUUGGAUUGGGACAAGAAGAGAAAGUUCGUCGUGUACGCUGAACAACUAUGAUUUUACAUGUCAAACGUUUCUUUUAUUUGUAUUUAAAUUUAGUAGCGUGUUUCGAAACUUGAGCAGUAAUUGCUAUACAAUUGUCCGAUUUGCUAAGAAAUUUGUAGAUUCCCAUAUUUAUGGUGUCCGGUUUCCGCUACAUUUGCUAUGAAUGUCCUCAUUUCGUUUGUCUUUGAUGAA